GAGCAGGAGGCGGAGAGGAGCCGAGCAAGCUUUUAAAGCGACAGCCGAGCCUCCCCUUCGCCCAGUGCUGAGCUGCGGCAGGAAAGGCAGCGCGGGCGAGCAGAGCGCCGACGGCAGCAGGCGCCGGACUGGACUCGACUCUCUUCCUCGCCUGGCCGCUCUCCGCCCCCGGGGGAAUCCUCGCCGAUCGCAGGGGGCGCGCGCGGAGGGACCCCGCCGGUUCGGGCGCUUCUCUCCACCCAGCCCAGCUCCGCCCUGCCCAGCCCAGCCCGCUCCUUGGCGCCCUCCUCCGCCGGCUCAGCCGCCUUCUCCGCUCUCGCCGUGCACCAUGCUCGGGCCGGGGCUCCGCGGGGUGCAGCCGCUGACUUUGCCGAAGUUGCCCUGCUGGUGCCUGCUGCUGGAGUGGCUGUGCUGGGCAGGGGCGCGGGGCCAGGAGAUGUACGCGCCGCACUCCAUCCGCCUGGAGGGGGACAUCACCCUGGGCGGCCUCUUCCCGGUCCACGCCCGGGGCCCCAGCGGCGCGCCUUGCGGGGACAUCCAGCAGCAGGACGGCGUCCACCGCCUGGAGGCCAUGCUUUUCGCCCUGGACCAGAUCAACAGCGACCCCGAGCUGCUGCCCAACGUCACCCUGGGCGCCCGCAUCUUGGACACCUGCUCCCGGGACACCUACGCGCUGGAGCAGUCGCUCACCUUCGUCCAGGCGCUCAUCCAGAAGGACACCUCCGACGUGCGCUGCACCAACGGCGAGCCGCCCGUCUUCGUCAAACCCGAGAAGGUGCUGGGAGUCAUCGGCGCCUCGGCCAGCUCCGUCUCCAUUAUGGUGGCCAACAUCCUCAGGCUCUUCCAGAUACCCCAAAUCAGUUAUGCUUCAACUGCACCAGAGUUAAGUGAUGACCGGCGCUACGAUUUCUUCUCACGGGUUGUUCCUCCGGAUUCCUUCCAAGCCCAGGCAAUGGUGGACAUUGUGAGAGCUUUGGGAUGGAACUAUGUUUCCACCUUGGCUUCUGAAGGCAGCUAUGGUGAAAAAGGCAUGGAAUCUUUUAUACAAAUUUCCAGAGAGUCAGGUGAUCUCUGCAUUGCCCAGUCAUUGAAAAUCCCACAGGAUCGCAAAAACAAGACCUACGAAUUUGAUAAAAUUAUCAAGCUGCUUCUAGAUACACCCAGAGCCAGGGCUAUCAUUGUCUUUGCCUACGAUGAGGAUAUAAAACAAAUCCUUGCAGCAGCAAAAAGGGCUGAUCAAGUUGGUCAUUUUCUGUGGGUGGCUUCAGACACCUGGGGUUCCAAAAUGACUCCAGUAAUUCAACAAGAAGAUGUUGCAGAGGGAGCAAUCACCAUCCUGCCUAAGCGGGCAACCAUUGAAGGAUUUGAUACCUAUUUUACAUCCCGCACAUUGGAAAACAACAGAAGAAAUGUAUGGUUUGCAGAAUAUUGGGAAGAAAACUUCAACUGCAAGUUAACAAUUAGUGGGUCAAAAAAGGAAGACACAGAUCGUAAAUGCACUGGACAGGAAAGGAUCGGAAAAGAUUCCCACUAUGAACAGGAGGGUAGAGUGCAGUUUGUGAUCGAUGCUGUUUAUGCCAUGGCUCAUGCCCUGCAUCAGAUGAACAAGGAUCUGUGCAGCGAUUAUUCUGGGAUCUGCCCAGAGAUGGAACAUGCAGGGGGCAAGAAGCUACUGAGAUAUAUACGCACUGUUAACUUCAAUGGUAGUGCUGGCACUCCAGUGAUGUUUAAUAAGAAUGGUGAUGCACCAGGACGUUAUGACAUCUUUCAAUAUCAAACCACAAAUACCUCCACACCAGGCUACCAUCUGAUAGGCCAAUGGACAGAUGACCUACAGCUCAAUAUGGAUGAAAUGCAGUGGGGCAAAGGAGUGAAGAAAACCCCUUCUUCAGUCUGCAGUCUUCCCUGUAAACCAGGAGAACGAAAAAGGAUUAUGAAAGGGAUGAGCUGCUGCUGGCAGUGUGAACUGUGUGAUGGUUACCAAUACCAGUUUGACGAAGUGAGCUGCAAGCUGUGCUCCUACAAUCAACGACCAAAUGAGAAUCGCACCGGAUGUAGCCCUAUCCCUAUUGUAAAGUUGGAGUGGCAUUCACCCUGGGCGGUCAUCCCAGUCUUUCUGGCCAUGCUUGGAAUUAUUGCCACCAUAUUCGUCAUGGCAACCUUCAUUCGGUACAAUGAUACUCCCAUUGUGAGGGCUUCUGGAAGGGAACUUAGCUAUGUUUUAUUGACAGGAAUAUUUCUGUGUUAUAUCAUCACUUUCUUGAUGAUUGCCAAGCCAGAUGUUGCCGUGUGUUCUUUCCGGCGUAUCUUCCUGGGAUUGGGAAUGUGCAUAAGUUAUGCUGCUCUGUUGACUAAAACAAACCGUAUCUAUCGCAUAUUUGAACAGGGCAAAAAAUCAGUGACAGCACCCAGGCUUAUUAGCCCAACAUCACAAUUAGCAAUCACAUCAAGUUUGAUAUCAGUACAACUUCUUGGAGUUUUCAUUUGGUUUGCUGUUGAUCCACCAAACAGUAUUAUAGAUUAUGAUGAACAUAAAUCUAUGGAACCAGAUCAAGCCAGAGGCGUUCUCAAAUGUGACAUUACGGAUCUACAAAUAAUAUGCUCUUUGGGGUAUAGCAUUCUCCUAAUGGUUACAUGCACUGUUUAUGCCAUCAAGACUCGGGGUGUCCCAGAGAAUUUUAAUGAAGCCAAACCCAUUGGAUUCACUAUGUACACUACAUGUAUAGUAUGGCUUGCCUUCAUUCCAAUAUUUUUUUGCACUUCCCAAGCAGCUGAAAAGGUCUAUGUACAAACCACCACCCUUACAAUAUCUAUGAACUUAAGUGCUUCAGUGGCCCUGGGGAUGCUUUACAUGCCGAAAGUUUAUAUCAUCAUCUUUCAUCCUGAACUAAACGUCCAAAAGCGGAAACGCAGCUUCAAAGCAGUAGUGACAGCAGCCACCAUGUCGUCACGACUAUCACACAAAACUAGCGACAGGCCCAAUGGGGAAGCAAAAACAGAACUUUGUGAAAAUGUAGAUCCAAACAACUGCAUACCACCUGUAAGAAAAAGUGUUCAAAAAUCUGUUACUUGGUACACUAUUCCACCUACAGUAUAGCUCUUGCCUGCUUUUUUAGAAGAGACAUUUACUGUGAGGCUGUUGUGACUUGACACCAUCACAACAAAACAUGUGUACUGCAGAGUCUGAACUGUGAUUCUGAACCUUUCAUUUCAUAUCACUUACUGCAAAGCUUCAAAACCUGAACUUGGUGUGUAAUCCAUUCUGACCAUUUUGUAUAUACCUUUUAUGACAUCUAAUGCAAUUGCUAUUAUUACUUUCAGGAUCUUGUUUACCAGGUGUUCGUAUCAGAUUAGAUUUAUGGCAUUUUGCAGCAACAGAUGCCCAAAAUGUUACAGCUGAUUUCGUUCCUCCCACCCCAGCCACAGAAAUAAUCAGCCUGCAGCUGCUCCAACACAGAUUCAGAAGAGGAAUUAAACUGGUGCCCAGCCAGGCAGCUUUCCUUUAAUAUAAUCACCAUUCAUUUCACUGGGACUCCUAAAUGAUGCCCCCAAGUGGAUCAUAUAAUUCCAUUUUUUGUGUGUGUAUGAUGGAAUUCAAGCUUGUCUGAAUAAAUAUUGUAGAAUAUUUAUAUGUGCAUAUAGCACAAUGGGGUAAAAUGUUCUAAAUCGUGGAAAUGUGAUAAUUUUGUAUCUGAGUUUCAUCUUAUUGUCUGCCAGAGAGUGAAUAUUGACAGUUUCAAAUACAAUUUAUUGGUGGCCAUGAUGGGGAGAUAGAAACAAGAGAUAUACUGUAGUGAUAAAAAGAAGUGAAUGUGGCUGGUAUAUUAAGUAUCUUCAAAAUGUAAAAUCUACAUAAACUCUUUCAAUAGGACUUUUUUUUUCCUAAACAGAAUAGAAAGUAAUCUUUUAUCAAUGACACAAAAAUCUCUUCUCCAAACUGACAAUUAGGGAUUCAUUGUUCUUGGUUUAGUACACUGGAUGAACCUUGCUUGAAUUUGUCAUGCUGCUUAGUUACUAGCAGCACGAUGCAGCAUAUUCAGAAGUAAAUUUUAUUGACAUCAGUGGCUUUAUUUCCAGGCAUAUGGGCAGACUGUAUAACUGCAAAUUGUAGGUCACAUGCCACAUAUAGUCCUUGGCUGACUUCCCUGUAACCUGUGAACCCUUUACUAAGUCUCUGUAGUUUUGACCUUUCUUUUUUGCUAUGUACCGGUAGUUGAUUGACAAUGGAGAAAGCAUCAGAGUUCAUCUAUUGGCAUGCAUUUCAGCAAUUAUUGGAGCUGGAGAACAAUGAGACUGCAUUAGUUCAGAUGCCUCCAACAAUUUUCAUUUGGAAAAUACAGGGCAGGAAGGCACACAAUGGUAAUUAAAUUUGAUAGGAAGGAAGAGAUGGGAAAAGAUAAUGGUGAUAGGGAAAAUGAGUGAAUGCUUGUGGGUUUAUGGACAUAUAUAACAAUGGAGGACAAAGAUGUUCUCUUCCAAGCUUUGGAUCUUCAUCAGCACAGCUGCAAAGUCUGUGGGGGAGGAGAGAGUGUAAUGAUUCCCCAAGAUUUGAAUGGUGACUCAGAAAGUGAGCACCAGAAUCUGAAGUUGGAUUGUAGGGACACAUUGGGGUUCCUGCUUAGGUCACUUAGUAGGUUCCUUUCUGAGCAUCUUUAUUUCAUCUCCAACUGUUUCUUCUAACCCAGAUAUUGACAGUUUCCAGACGUUGAAUCCAGAGUUCUUCUGUACCUCCCAUUCAUUCUGAGAUAGUCAUUCUGAAAAAGCAAAAGUGCUUUUUCAAGAGGAAAAUGGAUUUUCUUGUUUUUCUUUGAA